CGCACACACACACACACAUUCACAGGCGCGCACACACACACACACACACGGUCACACACGUUCCUGCUCUGAGGAACGGCAGUGCCGUGCGCCCAGAGGCCAGGAGAAGUUCCUCUUCGGAGAGCGAGGAAGAAGAAGAAGAAGAAGAAGACAGGCGAGGAGUGGAAGGCUCUUUCUUCUCAAACGUAAAGGGCAGAGAGAGGAGCUAGGAGCCAUGGCUGGCCACCUCACCGCCCUCAGGAGCUUCGUCCUGCUGCAAGCACUGUGUCUGGCCCUGGGGCAAGUGAGCGGUCCUCCAGGAUCACAGGGACCUCCAGGGCCACCAGGCCCCUCUGGAACCCCCGGAGCUGACGGAAUCGAUGGUGAUAAAGGACCCCCUGGCCCUCCUGGAGCACCUGGCCAGAAGGGCGAGCCUGGGGAGCCCGGCCCAGAUGGCACUCCAGGGGAGAACGGCAUUGAUGGAUUGAUUGGAGCAAAGGGAGACAGGGGACCUUUAGGAAGUCCUGGACCAAAGGGUCAACCAGGACCAACAGGGCCCCAGGGACCAACUGGCCCUGGCCUUCCUGGACUUGCAGGUGCACCGGGUCCUAUUGGGCUUCCUGGUGAGUUGGGCAAGGCUGGACCCAAGGGCAUGAUGGGAACUCCUGGGCCUCCAGGCCUGCCAGGACCUCCAGGCAAACCAGGACCUCCCGGAAAGUUCCUCGGUGGAGGAGAGGAGGGCAGCGCUGACUUCCAGUGUCCCACCAACUGCCCAGCCGGACCAAAGGGGCCCCAAGGACUACAGGGAGUGAAAGGGCACAAAGGUCGGGCUGGUAUUCUGGGUGACCCGGGAAGCAUCGGGAAGUUAGGUCCUGCUGGAGACGUUGGCAUCUCUGGGGAGCAAGGCAUCCCUGGCCCUCCUGGCCCACAGGGUAUCAGAGGUUACCCAGGCAUGCAGGGACCCAAGGGGGAGAUGGGUCCGCGUGGUUACAAGGGUCUCUUGGGGCCUGUUGGCAUCCCUGGCAUCCCUGGUGAGGAGGGGCCCCAGGGACCUCCUGGUGAGCCUGGUGACAAAGGUGAUUUGGGUGGAGUUGGCAUCAAAGGACCCCAGGGUGCUGUUGGAAAGAAGGGAGAAAAUGGUUUGCCAGGAAUUGAUGGCAAAGAUGGAACUCCUGGAAUUCCUGGCAUUAAGGGCGCUCCAGGACAGAGUGGAAGACCAGGACCUCCUGGCUCCCAGGGGGCAGCAGGUUUGCCAGGUAGCCCCGGAACUAAAGGUGGAGUCGGAGACAAGGGAGAGACUGGACCCCGAGGUGCUGUUGGGAUGUCUGGAUCUCCAGGCCCUCAGGGAGAGCCUGGUCCCCCUGGUGAAGCUGGUAUGGAAGGUGUCCCAGGACCCAAGGGUGACAGGGGAGAGAGAGGACCGGUGGGACCCCAGGGUGUUGUGGGCAAAGCAGGAAACAAGGGACAGAGAGGACCCAUGGGAAUCCCAGGGGCACAAGGACUUACCGGAACCAAAGGCGACAAGGGAUUCCAAGGACGAGUUGGACCUAAAGGAGACUUUGGUGACCCAGGUGUGGAGGGACUGGCUGGGGAGAAGGGGGAGAAGGGUAUCUCAGGUGAACCAGGACCUAAAGGACAGCAAGGAGUACGUGGGGACCAGGGCCAUAACGGCCCCACUGGAGAUCCAGGCAAACCCGGCGACCCCGGCCCCCCUGGACUCCCCGGCCCCAGGGGCCUCAACGGGGAGAGGGGUGUCCCUGGCAUGCCUGGCAUCCUGGGAGCAGCGGGCCGUGAUGCAUCUGACCAGCACAUCAUUGAAGUUGUCCUGAAAAUGCUGCAAGAGAGGCUAGCAGCGGUAGCGGUGAGCGCUAAGAGGGCCGUUUUGGGUGGAGCCGGCGUGAUGGGACCACCAGGACCUCCUGGGCCCCCAGGUGCGCCCGGACCUCAGGGGCCGCACGGGCCAGUGGGGGCGCGCGGAAUCCCCGGAAUCAUUGGCGCUCAUGGCCAGAUUGGAAACCACGGUCUUAAAGGGAAGAGAGGGGCUAAAGGAGAGAGAGGAGACCCUGGCCGCCCGCACCCUGGACAGCCUGGACCACCCGGUCUGCCAGGUCCUCCUGGUCUCGACGGAGUGGCCCGAGACGGUAAGCACGGGGAGAGAGGCCCCCAGGGCUCGGCUGGAGAAGCUGGUCGUCCAGGUAAGGCCGGCCCACCGGGUCUCCCUGGAUACUGCGAAGCGGCCGCCUGCCUGGCGGCUUCCGCCUACACCUCACCCCGCCUCCAGGAGGCCGGCCGGAUUAAGGGCCCUUCCAAGUAAGAGCUGACCCUCACCUCCGCCAGAACGAUGGAGGAGGAGGACAAGAAGAGAGGGAGAGAGAAGGAGAGGCACACUUACAGUACACUCGCUCCCUCUUCUAAACACCAGCGUAAGGGGAAGGGUGGAGGGGGGCGGGGGGCAAACCAGCCUGACUGACAUUCCAAGACAUCUCUCAUUGUGACAUCAUCACUGUGGCCAGUCUACCAUUGGCUGCUGGCAGUGUCAGCCAUUUUGGAAUACUCCUGCCUCCACCACCGCCCAAUAGCAGCGUCAGCCGUGACAUCAUCAUUAUCACCAUCACCAUCGCCUUGUGGACAUCACCAAACCAGUAGCCCUGGACUGAGAAGAACUAAGAGACUCAAGUCCAUGAAAAGUUAUAUUAAAUAAACAGAGGUGCUUUUCUUUUA